UAUAAAUGAUCGUUGGUAUGUAUCAUUAAUUGAUUAUCCAUAUGAUAUUUAUCCUCCAUAUAUAUCAACAGAAUGUUAUUUAAUGACACGAUAUAAUGCACGUUUAUAUUAUAUAGCAUCAAAAUAUACUCGAUUAUUUUAUUUUGAUCAUAUUUAUAUGGGACUUUUAUCUUAUUCAAUGUCAACAAAUUUAAUUAAAAAUAAUCAACUUUUUUCAACAUCAUCUUCAUUAUCAAAUAAUUUUGUAAAUAAUGAAUAUGGAUUUUUAUCGAAAUGGAAAUUAUUUUUUAAUUCUAAUAAUAAUAUUAAUUCAACAUUAAAACCAAUCUGUAUUCGAGGACAUCGUGCUCAAUAUUUAAUUGACAUUUGGAAUAAAAUUCAUCAAACAAAUAUUUCAUUUUCAUUUGAAUUAUAA